AUGACUCCCUGGGCUGGGCUUGGGGUUCGCCAGCCUGAGAAGGGACUGCUCCAGGGGCACUUGACAGCGCGCUCCCCGCCCCUGCCACAGGGGGCUGCCUACCUUGGCGCGACAUGUCACCGUACCGCAGGUUGGCAAAGGGUUGGGAGGAGAAAGGAACUGGGGGUGGGGAAUGAGCUGGAACAGAAAACAAAACUGGCUCCCGAAUUGCGAAAGGGCCAUCUCCUCCUCCCGCCCAUCCCCUUUAGCCGCAGAUUUGAUUUAAGUUGGGCUCCCUCCCGGGAUGCACCGGGAGCUACAAAGCCGUCUCGCCAGGGAGCCGAGACAAGGGUCGACGCCCCCCCCACUGGCGCGUCCAAGCUGGCGGCGGUGGGGCGCUGGGGCUGGGGCUCGGGCGGAGGGCCCCGCAGGUGGUCGCGGCCGCGGCUAAUCUGGAUGCUGCUGCUCGCUUUUGUGGGGACCGGGCUCGGAGCUGCCGGGGCCCGGCUGUACAGCGACGGCGGCGCGGACGCCGUGUGGGCGCUGGACGCCGGGAGCGUGCGCGCGGCCACGGGCAACAGCUCGGCCGCGUGGCUGGUGCAGUUUUACUCUUCGUGGUGCGGCCACUGCAUCCACUAUGCGCCGGUGUGGAGGGCCCUGGCGCGCGACGUGCGAGACUGGGCUUCUGCCAUUAGAGUUGCAGUCUUGGAUUGUGCUGCAGAAGAGAACUAUGAUACCUGCAAGGACUAUGGUAUUCAUUUUUACCCAACUUUUAGGUAUUUUAAAGCAUUUACAAAGGAGUUCACAAUUGGAGAAAAUUACAAAGGAAUUGAUAGAGAGCCACAGACAGUAAGGCAAACUAUGAUUGAUUUCCUCCAGAAUCAUACCCAAGGAAACAGACCUCCUGCUUGUCCAUCUUUAGACCCUGUUACGUCCAGUGACAUUUAUCCUCUCUUGGAAAACAGUGGUGGUCGUUACAUUGCUAUUUUGUUUGAAAGCAAUAACUCAUAUGUUGGACGAGAGGUGAUAUUAGACUUGAUUCAGUACAAAAACAUUGUGGUAAAAAGAGCACUGAAUUCUGAUAAGGCAUUUCUCAAGAAACUUGGUGUUACUUCAAUCCCUUCAUGUUAUCUGAUUUAUCCAAAUGGGUCUCAUGGAUUAAUUAACAUCUUAAAGCCUCUCCGUUCUUUCUUCUCUUCCUAUUUAAAGUCAUUACCUGGUGUGAGAAAAAAAAUGUUCUCACAAUUUCCAUUUACAGUAAAACCAAACAAAGAUGACAAUUCAGAGAUUACAGUCUGGAGAGAAUUUGAUAAGUCAAAACUUUAUAUGGCUGAUCUUGAGUCAGGGUUGCAUUAUCUCCUUCGAGUGGAGCUUGCUUCUCAUAAGACACUGGAGGGAGCUGAGCUGAAGACCUUCAGGAAUUUUAUUACUGUCAUUGCAAAGCUAUUUCCUGGCCGACAACCUGUGGUGAAGUUAUUGGAAACAUUACAGGAGUGGUUGGUCAGCCUUCCUCUGGACAAAAUUCCUUACAAUGCAAUUCUGGACCUAGUCAAUAACAAAAUGCGGAUUUCUGGAAUAUUUCUAACUAAUCAUGUUAAGUGGGUUGGAUGCCAAGGAAGCAGACCAGAGUUAAGGGGUUACACUUGUUCUCUUUGGAAACUUUUCCACACUUUAACUGUCCAGGCUGUAGUUCGUCCAAAAGCUCUGGCCAACACAGGUUUUGAAGAUAAUCCCCAAGUGGUUUUGAAGAUUAUGAGAGAAUACAUUGGGACAUUUUUUGGAUGUAGAGAAUGUGCUCAGCAUUUUGAAGAAAUGGCUAAGGAAUCCAUGGACUCGGUGAAAACUCUGGAUGAAGCAAUCCUCUGGCUAUGGAAGAUACACAAUAUAGUGAAUAACAGGCUGGCAGGCCAGCCAAGUGAAGACCUCAAAUUUCCAAAGGUACAGUGGCCAACACAAGAUCUCUGCCCAGACUGCCAUGAGGAAAUUAAAGGCCUGGACAGCUGGAAUGAAGUACAAGUGCUGACUUUCUUGAAACACCAUUAUGGCAUCAAAAAUAUCUUAUUUAAGUAUGCUGAAGAUCAGGAUGAGACUAACGAAUUAGAGGUCAAACAGGAGUCAAAAGGAGAUACUAUUCUGAAGAAACCAAAUGGACAACAAGAACUGAAUCUGGAUCUGCCAAAUAUUUUGGAUCCCAAAUCUCAUAUUUUAGAUAAAUUAAAUAAUAGACCUGACAGAGAUAAAAUUGAACAUCCAUAUGAAUCUAAGAUUCAUAUAGAGACCAAACAGUCUGGAUCUUUCUUAGGGACUGGCUUUUCAAACAUUGACAUGAGCCUAUGUGUUCUAUUAUAUGUUGCAUCAUCUGUCUUUUUAAUGAUAAUGUAUUUUUUCUCUCGAAUGAGGUCCAAAUGGUGGAAAGUAAAGUAUUAUCGCUCACCAGUAUAAAACAUUUUUUUUAAAAAAAUUAUUGUUGAUAAAUCAGAGACAAAGUUUCUUUGUAAAUGGCAAAUUGUCAGCAUCAGAUGCAGCUUUAAUAUUUAUGAUCAGGGAUUUUAUGCCAUAGUAGAAUUGGGUUUCAAAUUACAUUUUCCUUAUUCUAUAUUCAAUCACUCAUUAUAUGAAUGUCUUGUUUUGCAAAGAAAAAGUAUCAGACCUCUCCAUGGCAAUACUUAUGUAUUUCAUAACAUUCAAUAUUCACAUCUUUUAUGGAUCCAUAGCAUAAAGAACUAUUAGUUAUUUAUUCUUCCAUAUUUCAGAAAAAAAUUAAAUGCUAUCCCACAUAUAAAAAUAUUUCCCACUAAGGUUUUUACAUCCUAAAUUUUCUAAACAAAAUGUCUUUUUGCUGCUCAUUUACCAAGACUUUGUUUUUAUAUUUGGAGAAGCACAUAUUGAUAUUUUUAAAGAUAACAGUCAAACAUUUUUGGUCCAUUUUAUGGUAUAGGCUGCAUCUUGGAAGGAGAAGGCUUUCAGGAUAAAUGCUCAACUCUCUGGAUACUGAAAAUCCUCUUCUAAGAUGACAUUUCUUUAAAGUUUGGGGUAAUCUGAUUAUACUUUGUGAUUUUUACUUCCGGGGCUGUUCCCACAUAAAGUAAAGAGAACUCUCACUAAAGAUAGAACACAAAACCUGAAAAACAAACAAGAUCAUGUUUGAAUUACAGUGGUUAUACCUCAGAGCCAGUGAUUCCUGAGGAAGCAGAAGAAAAAUCCUCAGUGAUUUCUAUACUUUAAAGGUUGCAGAUAGCAAUUUUAUCUGGAAGUCAUCUGAGUUGGUGGAUUUUUUUUUUAUUUAAUAAAUUUCAGAUAAAUGCACUCCUAACAGAUUUGUUUUGUGAAGAAACAAAGCCAUUUCUUACUUCAUUCUUUGAGGUUAACUUAUUUGGGUUCAGAAUUAAAUAGAUCUUUAUAAGGCAUGACUCUGGGUGGGUUGUUUUUUUUUCCAACCUGUUCAUAAGAAAUAUGUGAGCAAGUGAAUGCUUUUAAGGUCUCUCCAUCCUGUGAUUGUCCUCAUUGUAUGAGUGGAUUCAAGUCUUGCCUGGAUUCUGCUCAUGUUCAGUAAUAAUGUUAAUGGAAUAAAGAGUUAUUAUUACAGUGUCACUAUGAUUUGGACCAUUGCGGUGUUUCUAUUAUAGAGUCAGAGUAGAGCCAGGCAACUUGACAGAAGUGUACUUUAAAAUAGAAGUUAGAAAACCAUAUCUAUGCCAGGAAGAUGGAAAACAGGCAAGGUGCCAUAUCCAUCUUUUAAUAAAUAAAAAAAAUCUACCUAAGUUUAUUCCAGCAUUAAAUUGUUAAAUUGGGUUUUUUUACAAGUUUUUCUUAAUGCCUACUAUCUUAUUGAACACUGUGAUGAAAUGACUUUUUCUUAUUUUGGGUCAAAAUUUCCUGUUUUAUCAUUGUGUAUAUAAAAUACUAUAAUAUUGCAAUAUAGUAUAUGGACUUCUAAAGAAGGCCUACUGUAGUAGGGAGGAGUGAGAAUUCAUUUAAAUACUAUUGAUCUUGGCCAAAAAGCCAAGAAGCAAUCAUUUUAAUAUUAUUCUUUACUUUGAGAAUAUAGUGAAAGUGGAGUUGGUAGUUAAGUCUGGAAAGGUGAAAUAUGUUCACUGGAUCUUACUGGCUGCCAGUCUUUGCUGCACUUUAAAUAGACAAGGAGAGAGCAGAUCACUUUUAUAGGACAACCUCAGCUGCUGGAACUUAAUGGGGAAUUCAAGAAGAAACCCAGUUCUAAAGCACAAAAAGAUAACCACUCUGUUCUGAAUGCUAGAAUUAAAACUGUACCAAGGAUUGGACUCUUUAAGACUUUUAAAUGGUUUAGCCAUUUAGAGUGUAUGGACUACUAUGCUAGACUGAGGUGAACAGAGUAAAUGCACUUGAGUUUCACCUCAAAAGAGAGAAGCAGCCUUAUAAAUGUUUAGGGAAUAUGCUAGAUUGCUAACUUUCAACAGAUGGAUAAGGAAUAGAAAUUAAGAGUCUAGAUAAAAAAGUAGAAGACCAUCUCUAAGUCAUUAAAAACAUGACUGCAUUAAAUCUUGCAUUAUUUUAAAAAUGUUAUCUUUUCUCAAUGUGGUAACUAACUUUACCAUUUUCUCAAUUGGAUUAAUGGAAGGAAAGUUUGCUAGUAGCAAAGGAGGGUCAGUUAGACCAAUGGGGAUUUCUUAGAGUUUAGGAUGGAAGUAGUGAUAGUGGAAAAGAGAAAAAAAAAAAGAAGAAAACCAUUAGGGUAGAGACUUUGGGAUUGGGAGAUUAAAGAUUAGUGACUCCCUGGCCUCAUAGGCACAUUUUUUUCCCCUCACAGCAUUUAUCCUUCUCUGGUAUCAGAAGAAAAUAAUUUCAAAAAAAUAAAACUUUCAGAAAAAUAAUGAAGAGAGAGACUAGAAGAUCUCAAAGGUCCCCUUCAGGUCUGAGAUUCUUUAAACUAUGGCAUAUAGCAAUUGUUCAAAUCCUUGUAUAUCUAAAAGUUGAAAGUUUUUAUCCUUUUUGAAAUGAAACUCAAACUAUAACAUAAACACCAUUUUAAUAUCUGAUUUCCUAAUACCCCCACCUCUACCAAAAUUAUCCCUAUUUUUACCUUUUGUCAUUUUAUUUUAAACAGGAGGGAUAUAGUAUUAAGAUUUUAAAAUUGGAGCAGAAUAACAUUCUUGAUUUGUCCUAAAAUAGCUUUUGAUUUGUCACAAAAGAUUUGUCUGGAGACAUGUAUAUGGAUUUUUAGAAUGAUUUUGGAAAGCACUGCUUUUUCCUUAUAUUUAAAAAAUGUUAUAUGAUUGGCUAAUAGAGAGUCUUUUGGUAUUUACAAGACAUUUUGAUGUUGAUUUCACUUCAGGGCAGUAGACAGUUUUAGGAAAGAAAGGGAAAACAAGAAACCUCAACAAGAUGUUUAUUUCUUUGCCCAAAUAUCAACUUUCGUUUUAUUUUUUUUACUAGAUAAAAAGACAGGAAAAAAAAAAGUAAGAACCUAAAGAAUUUCAUUUCUCUUAUUGGUAUAAUGAAUUUCAUUAUACUGUCAAAUUCCAUUCUACUGUCAAUAGAAGAGGGGCCUUUGGAUGAUCUUGAUUAAUUUAUGUUGCAUAGGUUGCAUAGGAAGAUUUGGUCUUCCAAUCUUUAUGAAUCUCAGUUCCAUCAAGGGAAGUUCAAGUUGUUGGAAUAUGAAAGGAUCAAGUAUUAAGUUUGGAGAGGGAAGAAAUGGAUGCACAUAAAAUGUAGGAAGUCAAAUAUUCUUAAGCCAGAAAUGUGUUCUGAUUCAUCUUUGAAUUAUCUUUCCUUAAAGUAGCUUCCUUUUAAAUGACAUUAAUUAGAUGUGACAUCAUAUCACCUAAUGAUAGGGUUUUUUUUUUUAUUUUUAUUUUGCUAAAAGUCUUUAGAAUUCAAAGUGAGUGUUUAAAUUUCAUAGCAUCAUAUUGUAAAGUUACAGUGGUUUGGGGGAUGUUUGUGUCCUUCUGAGAGGUGAUGUGAAAAGAGUUUCAACACAGAACAAUAAAUAUGAAAUUUACUUUCAGGGAAGGGACCAGGAGGCCAAAUUAUUUCUCUUCUCUAGUGUUAGUGAUGGGAGGAGCUACUGUGUCAAGAGAACCAAAAAUAUUUUCUCAAUUUAUUUUAAACUAGAAAUGGUAUUCUACAAAUAAUGUUCAUGUUUGAAAUUGAUAUUAGUAUUUUUUAGUAUUGCUGAGGUGUAUUUUCUGAGUCUAGAGAUAGCAUAAAAAGUUGAUGAAAGCUAGUAAAUAUAUUUCAUUAAUUUAAAUGCUUAUUUAUUUUUUAAUGAAAGGAUUUUGAUGAAAAGCCAGUUGAUAAAGUAUUGUUAUUUCUCUCUUAACCCAAAAAAGGUCCAUUUUGUAUCGAAUUGGCUAAUUCUGCUGUGUACAUUUUUGAAAUAAAAGAAGUCUGAUAUUUUAGAGAGUUGUUAUUGCUAUUUUAAAAAGUGAAACCAGCUCUAAUAAUGAGUACACAAUCAUCAUUGUUAUUUCAGUCCUCCUUUCCAAACACCCUUUUGACUAGCAUUCUAAAUUCUGAAAUUAAUUCUCUCUCAUCAUGAAUGUACGUAUGUCAUUUGAAGAACUACCUUCUUUUGAAAACCUUUUGCAUAUCAGAUUAAAACUGGAUUUCAUUUA